UGACUUUAGUGAAAAAAUACCUUUAACUCCAAGCUUAAAACAUUUGUGUUUGUAUUUGGAAAACGAAACUAGUUUUUGGCAACAGUAUCUUUAUUUAGCUUUUGUUGAACAUUGUUGUUUUGAAAUGUUUCAUAACAAAUUUGAAUCAAAAUAAAAUAUGGUUUGGUAAAGAACUUGAUCUCUAGAUUGCGUUUAUAAGUUAACUAAGUCAUUUUGUGAUCAUGGUGUUAACGAAGAUACAUGUACUGCCAAUAUGCAUCUUCAUACUUAUUCCAAGUUCAUUCAUAAUAACGUAUUGCAUUGCAGUAUACCUGAAGCAUGUAUCAUUUGAGUUCCCAUAUAUAAGUGACACUGGUACUUAUGUUCCUGAAAGUUGCAUCUUUAGUCAAGCUGUUAAUCUGAUUGCUUUUCUAAUGGCUGCCUUCAUUUAUGUGAGAUACAAACAUGUAGAGCAGCAUUAUAGAGAUCAUUUAUCAUCAGAUUAUUCUGUAGUUUUAAAACUGAAUCAAACUGCUCUGAUUGUUGGCUGGAUGGGCUGCUUUGGAGCCAGUAUUAUUGCUAAUUUUCAGGAAACUUCAGUCAUAAUUGUUCACAUGAGUGGUGCACUAUUAGCAUUUGGAUGUUCUGCUAUAUAUAGUUGGUUGCAAACUGUAAUAUCUCAUUAUGUAUGUCCGUUUCUGAAUUCUACCUUCGUUGCAAGAUUGAGGGUCUUCUUGUCCCUUAUUUUAACAGCAUCAUUUGUGACAACACUUGUUGCUGGUGUUAUUGCUAGAAAAAAUUUCCAUGGGAAAGAUGCAACUAAAUGGCAUCCAGAAGAUGGAGGUUUCAGAGCUCAUAUUAUCAGCACAGCGGCUGAAUGGAUUGUCGUUAUAUCAUUUGACUGUUUUAUUCUCACAUUUGCUAAAGAAAUGCAAAAAAUUUCUAUUUCUUCCCCUCAGGUGCUUUUUUGUUCUAAUGAUGUUAUUUUAGAAAGUACAGAAUUUUAUAACAGUCAAGAACAUGUUAACAUCACCCCUAAUCCUAACAGUUUACGCAUUAGUUCUUUACCUAGCAGUCCUUAUGGUGAUUAUAAAAAAGAUAAUAUUCUAACUACUCAAGCUGUUGUCCAUUAACUGUCUAUUAUAAUCUUAUGCUUGUAAAUGUGUAUAGCAUUUCUUUAGUACAUCAUUUGUUUUUAAUUGAUUUUAACAAUGGUUUUUGAGUUGUGUCCUAUUUUAUGCUGAAAUAUGAGUGUUAUGUGAUAAAAGUUUUCAUUCAUUCGCAAUGAAACUGCAAUUUUUAUUAUUUAUCAAUAUGUGGUGAUAUUGGUUUUUAUUUUUACUUUAUAUGUUUUAUAAUGUAACAUAAAAA